AUGACUCCAUUCCUGACGGUAAACAACAACGUCUCGCUCGUCAGCAUCACCAUCGCCCCCAGCACAUACUUCAUCACCCUCUUUCUGCUCCUCAUCUGUGCCGUCAUCUACAUCCCCCGCCUCGUCGCCUUUCGCUUCCCCAACCUUGGCAUACCCUUGCCGUCGUUGUCGUCGCUGGUUCAGCCUCUGUUUGCCGAGCCUCCGAGCAACACUCUGCAGACAGUCGGAGGCGAGAAGCCUCUACCGGAACCCCCCUUUGCGAGGAGCCAGCUUGUGCUCGAGGACCAGCAGCAGCUUGUCAUCUCUGGCCAGGAUAUAGUUCUCGCCCAGCGCCGUCAUCAGCUUCAGCAGCAGCUCCAGCUGCAACGAGAGCAGGACCUCCUUCUAGAGAAGCAACGGCAGAAACAGAUUCAGGAGAUAGAGUACCACCGUCGCCAAAAUCUCGACGCAUCACUACGGGACUUCGAUCUCCCAGCAAGCACACUGUCGCCCCGCCACUCAGUCCUCCGCAGCGAGGCGGCGACGGAAGAGGACCUCGAGGAUUCGGAGGUCGCGUCCGCCGGUGGAUACUCACCUCCAGCGUGGCGGAGACUCGGCAACGGAGACCGGAGUAGCGGCUUCUGGAGGGGACCUCAUGAUUUCCUCGCCGCUGGUAUGCAACGUGGCGGUCUGAGCACUCUGAGAGAAAGUUCUCCGGAGUUUGACGAUGAUAGUGAGGAUGAGAUGGUCCUAGAGAGGGCCAUCAGGACAAAGUUGCCCAAGGGAAGUCAGAGCCCGGACAAGGGUCGGAGCCCAAGUCCCGAGAGGCACGAGGAUAGGACGAUUCAGGUCAAGGUUGAAGAUAGGGCAACUCCCGCAAGGGAGCUGGCUCUACAACACUCACCGCCGGAUAAUUACAUUCGCUUUGCCGUCCGCGCUGAAGUACAACACCGCACUGAGCCUAUCGAGGCUGCCAUCAACUUCAUCCGUGAUCGCUACAAGACCUUGACACGGACAUGGUCCACCACCUUCACCACUGUCCUCGUCGCCUUCUUCUCUCUCUCCCUUUUCAAGUCUCUGCUCCAACCCGCCUCACCGCGGCCUGUGGGCGAUCUCGUCAAAGUUGCAGGGCUCGCCCGCUCCUUUGAGCCUCUAAUCUACUACUCAGAGCACGCCGUAUCCCAGGUUCAUGAUCUACAAGCCACGAGUGUUGCUGUCUGGGAUCUUGGCGAGAGCGUGCGCACAAGCGACAUGCGCGAUGCCAACAGCAUUGUGUCUGACCUGGAUGCUCUCAGUGAGACCAUGAAGACGUUGGCCAUUGAAAUGACCAAGUUUUUUGCUAGAGUCGAUGGUGAUAUCGAUGGCAUCCUCAACGUUAUGGACUGGGCAAAGAUGCACCUCAACCGCCUCAACUCAUCUCCCUCACCUUCAACUCUCUCCUCUGCCUACGACAACAUUCACAACAUCCUCUCCCAAGCCCGCGUCCUCGAAGACGCUUCUGGCUCACCAACACCACUCGGCCGCCUCACCACACACAUCUUCGGCCUCUCCAAUCCGCAGCGAGAGCAGCGCAUGGUACAGCUCCUCUUCACCGAGUUCAUCGCCGUUCUCGAGGACUCGAUUCAGGCCGAACUGCAACAUAGCGUGACCCUCUUCGCCCUAUUCGAGGCCGUCGACUUUCACUUCCUUAACCUUGCCCGCACCGUCGUACGCGAGUCGUCGGCCCAGGAGGAGCUCCACGCCGACAUGCUCUCCAGCCUCUGGACACGCCUUCUGGGCACUCGCGCUGCCGAGCUCCGCAAGUUUGAACAGAAUCGCCAGCUGUUGCGCAACGUACGCGAGAAGACGGUUCGCAACAAGGGCAUCCUCGUCGAGCACAACGGCAAACUCCUGACCCUCAAGGCCUCCCUCGAGACCCUCCGCAGCAAGCUCGUGUCUCCUCUCGUCCGCGGUGUCAACUCGACCACCCUCACGCUCGAGGACCAGAUCCAAGGCCUAAGCGACGUGAGUGAGUACCUAGGGGAGGUCAGGAAGCAGCAGAAGGGCAAGGUCAUGGAGACGCUCUUUGGCAGCGUUCCUGGCAAGAAGUACAUGAUUGAAGAAAGGCCUGAUACAGUCGUGGUAAAUACCUUGUAA